AUGCCUCACAUCAUUCUAUUGGGUACGCUUGACACCAAGCUUGCACAAGUAUUGUAUCUCCACAGCCAAUUGAAGAAAAUAGCCUCUCGCCUGUCUCAGCCACUCCAAAUCACUCUUAUCGACUGUGGCUGCCAAAAUGUCACCGACGACGCCAUCACAGUUGGCCAUAACGACUUGGUCGAAAAAUAUGCAGCUUCCAAAGCAGAGGUCAUAAAGCUCUCCCGCGGCGAAGCAAUCGAGCUGCUGAUCGGUUAUGUUACCCAAUGUGUGCAAGAUAUAUUGAGAACCAGCGAAGUGCACGGCAUUAUAGGCACGGGUGGCAGCGGAGGCACAAGUCUGAUAUCCGCGGUGAUGAGGUCGGCACCUAUUGGCCUCCCGAAACUCAUUGCCAGCACGGUUGCCUCUGGCAAUACAAGCCCGAUUGUCGGAGAGUGCGACAUCACCUUGAUGUACUCUGUUGUUGAUAUUGCUGGAACAAAUGGGCUCUUGCGUGACGUUCUUGAUAAUGCCGCCGGCGCUGUCUUCGGUAUGGCCUCGGCGUACGAGUGCCGUAUAGCAGAGAGAGCAUCAAAAGCCGAAGAAUCGUCAGAACAGAAAACACGUGUCGGUAUCACAAUGUUUGGCGUCACUACCGCCUGUGUGGACCGUAUACGAGCCCACCUGGAAGAGAAAUACCCCGUUGAAGUGUACAUUUUCCAUGCGACGGGACAUGGCGGCAAAGCGAUGGAGCGUUUGGUUGAAGAAGGUCAUCUAGACGCCGUACUAGAUGUCACAACCACUGAAAUAUGUGAUUUUGUCGCAGGCAUCCCCACAAUUAUCUCCGUGGGAGCCACUGAUAUGGUGAACUUCGGACCAAAGGACACUGUGCCUCCCCAGUACCGUGACCGCAAGCUGGUAGUCCACAACCCUACAGUCACACUGAUGAGAACAUCUCCCGAUGAAUGUCGACAAGUUGGAGAAUUCAUCGUCGACAAAGUCAAGCGGUUUGCGCAAGAUCAAAGCAAAGUCGAACUUUGGCUUCCAGGCGGUGGUGUUAGUAUCCUGGCAACUCCUGGCUCUCCAUUUGAGGAUCUCGAAGCAGAUAGUCGUCUUGCCGAUACUUUGCGGUCUGGUCUGAAAGACGCUGCGACUCGCGUGGUAUCCGAUGAUCGCGAUAUCAAUGACACCGGGUUCGCGACUGACAUCGCGGAUCGCCUUAUGGAACUGGUUUUGACUGAGAGGAAAUCUCGAGAUUGA